AUGGUUGCCCAUGGGACCCUGCAGGUGUGCCCUCCUCGGGCAGAGAAGAGGCCCGCGUGUCCUUCUCAGAACUUCGAGACGCCCCCGAAGCGAAGGCGCAGCCUGAAGGGCGCUGACAACGAGGCUCCGAAUGCCUUGAAGGCGGCUUGCGAGGCGCUGAGGAAGGAGUUCGCUGAGGACUAUUUCCUUGCACCGGCCAAGACAAGGCUCCCGCCAGAUGAAAUUGUACCCAGGCUCAUGAAGCUCGGUGGACAGGCAGAGGCCUGCCAGGAGGCCCUGGCCCAGGCAAAGCAGAAAAAGAGUGUGAAUGCCGUGGUCACGGAGAACAAGGAGGAGUGGAUCAAACGCCUCGAGAAGGGCUUCUCGCUUCUUUUCGAGGGGGUCGGCUCCAAGUAUCGGCUUCUGGAGAACUUUGCGCAGGUACUCUCGAAAUCUGGGAUACCCAUCGCCAUCUUCCAAGCCUUCGACAAGGGCAGCUCCCUGGCUGCUUUCCUGCGAGAGCUCUUGGAGCAACACGGCUGGAAAGGAGCCGGCUCACUCCCCCGCCUUUGCAGCGCUUUACUGACUGCCAGACGGGCGGCCGCCGAGAAACACCCCUUGGUGCUCAUCAUCCACAACCUGGAGGUGCUUCCGGCACCGCAUCUUAGCGCCCUGGCAUCUCUUGUGGCUGCCAAGAAGGAGAUUUGGCUGGUUGCCUCGGUCGACAACAUCUUUGCCGAUGCAGCGUUCAACAUGGAUCCUCACGCUGCCAUGGAGCUACGGGGUUCGGCUUGA